AUGGGUACCCCAAAGUUCAUGCCUUUUCUCAUCUUUGUAAUCUUCCUCACAACUCUACUUCAAAAUUGUGAAGCAAACCAGUUUCCUUCUGUUCAUCCACCUCACAAAGGGAUCAGAGCAGCAUAUUGGCCAUCGUUUAACACAUUCCCAGCUUCCUCUAUAGACACCUCCUACUUCACCCACAUCUACUAUGCCUUCCUCUUACCCGAACCCACCACUUACAAACUCAACCUCACCCAAUUCGACCAAAAAACAAUACCCCAAUUCAUCGGAGCUCUCCGUACCCGAAACCCGCCCGUCAAAACCCUUCUCUCCAUCGGCGGCGGAGGUAACAAUGCAACAGUAUUUUCACUCAUGGCUAGCACCCAGCUGACCCGGAAAGCCUUCAUCAGUUCCUCCAUUGAAGUGGCUCGAAAAUUUGGGUUCCAAGGUCUCGACUUGGACUGGGAAUUCCCAGCUGAUGCUGUGGACAUGUCAAAUCUUGCCUUGCUGUACAAGGAAUGGAGGAAUGCUCUGGACAAUGAAGCUAAAAUUAGCGGUAAACCGCGUUUACUUUUAACCUCCGCUGUAUAUUAUGCGUCGAAAUUCGUUCACGGCGGCCCGAGAGCGUAUCCAGCCUGGGCAAUAAGUAAAUAUCUGGAUUGGGCCAGCCCGAUGUGCUUUGAUUAUCACGGGUCAUGGGAAAAUUUCACUGGGCUGCAUGCUGCGUUGUAUGAUUCCAAGAGUAAUAUUAGUACCAGUUAUGGAAUCGGGUCAUGGAUUCAAGCCGGAGUACCGCCCAAUAAGCUCGUCAUGGGGUUGCCACUAUACGGGAGGACUUGGACCCUCCAGAACCCGACCGUGAAUCGGGUUGGAGUGCCUGCUUUGGGUGUUGGGCCUGGGGACGGCGUUUUGGUUUUUCACCAAAUAGUGAAUUUUAACAAGAGAACUAAUGCAACGGUUGUAUUUGAUAGCAAAGCGGUGGCGUAUUAUUCUUAUUCGGGUAGCUCUUGGAUCGGGUAUGAUGAUGUCCGAUCCGUGAACUUAAAGGUCCGGUUUGCGAAGUCGCUAGGCUUGGGUGGAUACUUCUUUUGGGCUCUGGGUCAAGAUAAAGACUGGACUAUAUCCAGCCAAGCUUCAAAUGCUUGGAAAUACUGA